AUGGCUUUCAAACUGAAGAAACAUACUAAGGUAUGUUCACUGCAUUUCAACCUAGAUGAUUUUGAGCCCUAUGAGUUGCGGCGGCGGAUGUUAAGGAAAGGAGUCCUGCCUUCAAGAUUCCUCAAAGAUGAAGAUGGCAUGCAUCCACUCCGACCGAUGAGGAGGAGAAGAAAUGCAAACAAGGUUCCAAAAGUAGCAAGUACUGUAGUUAACCCAACAGCAGCAAUUUCACAAAAUGUUCAUCUUCCCAAUAUGUCACCACUUAUAUCUGGAUGUCUGAUGAUGUCGCCAAAUAGACUUCCGUAUGCCUUUCCCUUCACUUAUGGCAUGUCCCCAUUUGUGCACCCACCUAUGACACCAGCACAGAUGAAUUCCUUAUUCAUACAGAACCAAAUGGAAAACCAAGCCCUGAAAGUCAGAAUGGAUUCAAACCCUCCAGUCAGCACUCAGACUGUACCAUCUAUCGUUGUACCAGUUCAAAGUUUACAUAACUCGCAGAUAAAGGAACAAAGUCUUCCUCAAGCACCUAAUCACCAUGUGCCUGAGGUAGCAAUAGAUCUUACACAGCUCAAACAAACUGAGUCAAGACCAUUAGACAGCAAUAACAUACAAGUCUUGCAACAACCUCUUCAGCAUGGUGCCAUACAAGGUGUUGGCACACCGAUGGUGUUGGACUCCAGACAAGUGAAAUCAAAGACAUCGAUACUAUGGCCAAUGGCACGGCUUUAUCGUCGAGGUGAGCCGCAUGCGGAGAAUGUGGAAGCAUCAAGAAACGAGGCCCUAAUGAGACAGCAGGCAGAUGCAGCACUCAGACAACUCACUGCACAACAUCAACUCAUGUUUGCUUCAAUGGUUAAACAACCAACAAAGUUUUCCCAACCAAUCACAAGCAUACAGUCCACAUCAGCUCAAGAACUGAUUGUAAAUAUGCCAACUCAAAUUCAGUUUGAAAGUGUAGAUAGUACACCUGAUUGCUUGCCAAUUAGUGUACAGCAAAGCUUAAUUAGUGAAGACCAGAAAACUCGCCCAUCUUUUCAAACUACAAAUGUUGUUGACCAUAAUAUUUCAGAAUCUGAAUGUAGGUUGAAUUCUCAAAACUCAGUCUCACGCCAAGACAGCAAGAGGUCUUUAAGUAAUAUCAUAAGUCGUCUCAAAGAAAAAGUUAAUGAAGAUCCCUCUGAUUGCUCAAUAAGUGAACCGCUUAGAAAGUCUGUAUCUAGUUCCAGUACAGAUGCUGGAGACAAAAACGGAUGUACCAAAGUUUAUUCACGGCUAGGUUCAAGUGUGAAGGAUGCGGUACAGAUGGUAACGAUUAUCAAAAUAGUAGAGCAACAAGAUGAACUUGCUACAACAACUAAACUGAUGAUAGAGCUACCACCAAAAGAAUUGCAUUCAAGAAAGAAAACUACAAAUUCUAAGGAGUCUCGCCAAAUUGUGUUGGAAGUUGUUCAAAAGAAGGGAAUGAUAAAUAAUUCUCAGCUAUCCACAAAUGAUGGAAAAGAGAUAGAUAAAUUAAAGGAAGAAUCAAUGUCAAGUCGUACGCCCCUAGAUUUGUCAGUACGUGAGGAAAAAUGGGUGCAUACUAAUGGAUAUGCUCAUAAUGCUAACAUCAUUCAUGGCAAAGAGUUGAAUAGAAAUUCAAACGAAAUCACAGAAAAUAAUGACUCACCAGAUAUAUCUAGCAAUUCUUUAUCAUAUAGUAAGCAAGUCUAUCAACUUCCACUAAUUAAUAAAGAUGCCCAGAAACAAGAUGUUAUUGGCUAUGAUAUCCUGCAGAUGUUAUCCAGCCAUGAUAACCCCACCCAGUUGUUAGAGAAUCAAGAUUUUACUCUUAGGCUUUUUAAGUUUGUUGGUACAUGUAAUGCAUCUUCAUGCAUUAAUUCUGCAAGUAAUGAAGAAUUGGCUUGUACAGAAGAGGCUCUUGACCUUAGUGUUAAUGGUAAACACCCACCAGAUGAUUACAAAUAUAUUGAGAGUGAAAACCAGCAGUUGGAAACAUCUCUUAACUCCAUUACUUCGGAACCAGACAAAAAAUGUACUGCUGCAAAGGAGAUUGACAGCAAGAACUGGAACAAAUAUAGAGUAGUGUUUGACAAACGACUCAAAGUGCUGCAAGCGAAAGAAGCUGCUGUCUUCUAUGAGACCAUUUAUAAAUUUCAGAUGCCUGAAGGAGUGAUGGAUGAAGCAUACCUUCUAAACAACUUCUCAAUUCAGAAAGUAGAUCUUCAGGGAACAUCAGGUGAAUCUGUUUACUUCUGCAACAAAUGUGUGAAGACCCUCAAGAAUUUGAAGGAAGGACUAGAGCAUGCGAAGAAACACUGUGAGAGGAAAAGAUUCAAGUGCAAAUCCUGUUCUAAGACGUACUCAUCUAUAGGAAUGAUCGAGAGUCAUGUUGAGCGGUAUGUCCAACCUGAUGAAAAGAAGUUGGCAUGUGAUGCAUGCAUCAAGAAGUUUGCCUUUCGAGGAUCCCUCAUGAUGCAUGUGAAGCUGGCACAUCGUGACAUGGAGAAAGUUCGUUGUAACCUGUGCCAUAAGGAGAUUAAGCGUCACUACAUGAACACCCACAUGAAGCGGCAUCGCAAUGAGCGUCCACACAAGUGCAACAUUUGCGGAAAAGGUUUUGUAGCAAAGAAAGUACUCACCACACAUCUGAGUAUCCACACUGGCUAUAAACCUUACAAAUGCCAGUAUUGUGGUAGAGGCUUCACCGUUAAGAGUAAUAUGCAACUGCAUGAGCGCACUCAUACUGGUGAUCGACCAUUCAUCUGCACCGUUUGUGGGAAGGAUUUCAUCAACCGUGGGACCCUCAAAGGUCACAUGCUCACUCGACAUCAUAUUAAUCUUGGCAAGGUCCAUAAGUGUCGCCAUUGUACUGACAGCUUCACCCGCCUCAAGACUUUGGUUGAGCAUAUGGAGAAAACCCACAAGCAUCUGUACAGGAAAGAUGUCUCUUCUUUAGAAAGCCUUCCACAAGAGAAACAGCUAAGUCAGGAUAGCGAAAAAUAAACCUGACCAGAAAAUUUUUAUUUGUAUCAUUUAAUACUUUGAUAAGGUUUGUGAACUUUACCCAUGAAAAAUUGCAUUAUAAUUUUGUUAACAUUCCUUGGCAUGUUUGUCAGUAAUCGCAUGGAAUUUAUUUGAGUAUGCGGCACUUACCAGAUGGAAUAGAGUUUAAUGGAAUUGUUAUGCUCCAUCAUGUAAAUUCUGCUUACUCAAAAAAAUGUGUUUACAGAAACUUUGCGAGUGAUAAAAAAUAUGGUGGCAUUAUCUUUUUUUAGGCAUUAUUUAUUAAUAAUUUCCUAUUCAUUUAAAAACUUAAUUAAUUAAUCAGUUUAUUUUAUUGAUGGACAUUUGUAAAAGAGGUUCUUUGAUGAAUACAGAAACAUUUGUAAACAUGUCGGAGCAAAACUGUUAUUUUCCGAUUACAAAAACAAGUAAAAAGUUUGUUGGGUAUAAGGUAUAUAAUAGCUCUGUACAUUUGAUACUAUGUAACCAAGAAAAUUUAGUAUAUCGUAGAUGGUUAAUUGCAUAUAUAGAAAAAGGUAGAAAAUUGUAAUAUUGUUGUAAAUGAUUAAUAUUUAGGUGUUAAAUGCCAAGGUUUCCUUCCAGGAUGUAAAAUAUUUACUGUUUUUCAAUGGAGAUUAAUCUGUCUAAAAUGAUUUUUUUUUUUUAGAAUAAUUCUUUGGGAAAUUAGCACAGUUUUAGGAUUUAAGUACAUUUAUUUUUGUAAACGCAACAAGGACUGUGCAUUAAAUAUUUAGUUUUGGUGUUAGUUUCUUAAAGAGAUCCUUUGGUUACAAUGAAUUAAUGUACAGUGUAGUGUUAGUAUGAAAGCUCAGUGUUAUAAGCAAGGAAACUACGUUGGCAAAACAGUGCUGCUGUUUACUUUUGACAGCAGCUGAAAGUAAACCUCAUUUAAUUGUGCAAACAGAAUUUAAAAUAUUGUUAAUUAGAAUGUUUUGAAAGUAAAACUGUUUUCCAAAUUAUGGAGGUUGGAAAUAGUUUGAAUGUUUAGGAAUGUAUUUCUACCAGUGUAUAAAAAAAAAAUCCAAGCGAAAACCAAAACAUAAAAAUAGGAUGUUUUUUUCAAAAGUGUUUUCAGUCAUAUUAUGUUUAACAUUUUAUUUUAUUUUAAAUUAUUAAUUUAUUUCACUGCAAAUUCAAAACUUGAACGAAGUUCGUUAACAGAAGUGAUUACGAUACAGUAAGUUGUUGGUUGGUCACUGUAAAGUUUGAAUGCAGAACAAAGAAAUGGAUUUUGUUGAGUUAAAAUGCAGGUAAAAACAAAUUUCAUUGGCACACCAUUACCUACCUCUUUUAUUAGUGCUGAUUACUUAGUUGAACAUGGUUAUAAACACAAUGGGUGUUUUUAAUUAAGGUUUUAAAAAUUAUUUUUAAGGAAUAGUGAAAGUAACCUCAUAUUUUAUGGCAUUGGAUAAUAUUUUUAACUGAAACUACUGUAGUGGUAUAAUACUCACAUUACUAUUAUUUUUUAUGAUACUACGUACUACUAGUGUAGUAAAGUAUUAUUAUAUUUUAUCAUUAUUAUUAUGUUAUUAUGAUUAUUAUUUGAAAGCAUUCCAUCUUGGGAUUUUACAAGAAUGGCCAGUAAACGCAGUAUACAUUAUUCUUAGUAUUGUUUUCUAUACAUGUAUUGUCCUUUUUAUGUAAAUGUAGAUUUCUGUGUAAUAACAUAUUUGGACAUAAAAAAAUUCUAUUCCUUGUUUAUCUGUAGCAGAUUGACAUGUUAAAUUCAUAUAUUUAAUGUUUUAUAUUCAAAGUUCAGCCUCUAACCAAAUAUACUUGAUUAUAGAUUUUCAUAAUUUCCCCCUAAAUCGUAGAAUUUUGUAAUAGCAUUACUCUUCUUCUAUAAAUUGAAAGUGUGAACGUGUGGUAUUUUCCAGUAAUGUGGUUGUUUAAAGACAAUUCAAAUCCUAAAGUGACCAAAUGGUUUUUCAAAUGCAUUUUAUUCACCAGUUUUAAUGUAUUUAAAAUAUCAGAAGUGUGUGAUAGAUGAGAAGGUAAAUAUUUAUCAAAAAAAAAAAUACAGUAAUUAGUUUAUAUUUAUGUAAAACAAACCAACUAAACCAAUGUAAUUGUUAUAGUAUGCUUUGAACAAUAUUCAAACUAAACUUUCUAUUUUUUGCUGAAAGUUUGAGGAAUAUGCAUUGUAUUUCCUAUCAAGAUUUCUUUGGCAAGUUUACAAGGAAUUAAUGGAGAGAUUAAGAUUUACAUUAUACAGUACAUUGUUUUAGUCUUGUGUUUACAGUAACAAGUCUGUGAGAUUUAAACAAUCUUUAACUUCCUUCUUUUUAUUUCCCAAGUGGACCUCAAACUUUGGUUUGAAGAGACAACUUUACUACAACAUAGUAUUUGUUUUCAGUAAAGGAUCAUUAAUGACCAUGGAACUAUACAUAAACAUGGGCUUUCUUCAGCUUAAUUUUCAGGGUAGUGUUUUUUAGUCUCUUAACAAUUUCAGCAGCUGAUGGUUCUGAGUGAUUUGAACAAAUCUAGUUUCCAACAAAAAAAAUUUUGUUGAAGAUAUUUAAGUUAAUUAAAAAUAUCAUGUACUUAAACAGGAGUAAUGGGUAUAUAGAUGUGGCAGGGAACUUUUGCUUAUUCAUUUUGUGUGAAGGAGCUGAUUAUUUUGGCCCUCAAUAAAAAUAUAAUUUACAAUUGAAAAAAAAAAGUUUUUUAUGGAUGUAAUUUUAGUUAUAAUAAAUAAAUAACUAAUGAGUUACUGUAUAUCAUCAUGAUUAGAUUUAAGUUAAAUUAAAUUUAAACAAUAUUUUGUAACUGUAUCAUAUAAUGCCAGUAGGAAGAAAAGCAAUACACGAUGCACAGUUGCCCAAAUCAUGUUUUGUAGAUAUAGUAUGUAUCUUUUCAAUUAUAAGGAUGUUGGUUUGCCCUUAUUAUAAGGCCAGUAUUUUCUAUACGUUUUCAAUUUAUCAAUUAUUUUUUGGGUUAUAAAUAUAGAUUAAGGUUAGUAUAGAUCUACAGGUAUUUGGUAGUAGUUUUAGGAUUUAAACUUACUUUUGAUGGAUGAAAUCAUAAAGCGCCAUUUGUACUUGUACUGCAACAAAAUUCACCUCAAAUCUUUCAGAAUCUAGUGCAUGGUAGGCCAUUUAUGUUUUUUUUUCAUUAUGGUGAAGUAAUAAUAUCGAUUUGUUUUUGGUAUUCAUAUGAAACUUGGAAAUAUAAACUCACAAAAAAUAAUAUACUGUACUGUAUAAUAUGUUAAAUCAGUUGGUUGAUGCAUAAAAUUAUGGUAAAAGCAUAUGACAACAUAACGUUUGCAUGCUUAGCGUCUGUGUAUGUUGUUAAGUAUCUAAGUACUGUAAUUUAUCAACUUGUAGCAGUGCAUAAAAUCAAAGUAAUCUUGAUGGUUGUUUGCAGCAAUAUGACAACUGACAAUUUUUAGAAAACUUUUCAAGGACAGUAACUCAGGAUAUUGUAUAAAAUAUUUAUCAACUUUUGAUUUACAGUAGUACGUCACUGCCUUUGUCAUUUACUGAGUGGGAGGAGAAAGGGGGUGGGGCUAUCUCCAGUUAUGCUCAUUUCAUAAAAUAUCAUAAUGCAUUAUUUUAGGGCUUCAGAGUAUAAUGCUCUGGCCAGAUUAUCAGAUUUUUUUGGCAGAAAAUAUAUGCCCAUAUGUAGAUAUGAUGUGCCUAUAUAUGGUCAUGAUGUGAUGUCAUUAUGACCAUAUUUAGGCAUGUCACAUGUUGUCCUUGUCUGGACAGUGCUUUGGAUUGCGUAAAAAAUACAGUAGGAAUUAAGCAAAACCCUGUAUUAAGUCAAGAUUGUACUGUGUUGAAUGGCUUAGACAAGUGGAAUGACUUUCAGCGGCAUUAACAAUAUUGCUUGAUACAUAGCUUUGAUAAAUGGUAUUUGCAUCAAAAUGAAAGCCUUGUUACCUGCACAUUGUGUCCUGUGCGGGUAUGCUUGGCUCAUGACUCCCGAGUUGUUCAGACUAUCUUGUGUGUUGUCCUGGUGCCCCAAAAUAAUCAUCUAAUAUUAUCAUCUUUAUUUCUCUUUAAUUUUUGUAUGCCAAUCCCUUCUAAAUACUGAUUUAUCAAAUAUUCCAAAGUAUUUUAAGAAUCACCACCACAGUGUUAAACUUGAUUCAACCCUCUUCAUACCCAUGUUGCACCAGCUUAUAAUGCUGUGACUAUAAGUAAUAUUUGGUAAUUUUUAUUAUUUAUUUAAUACCAUGAUUUACUAUCAAGUAUUGUAUUAUUAACAAUAUAUUUUUUACAAGCCCUCAAUGGUUAUUGAUGUUGAAGUUAAUGAAAAAGAAAGAUUUUAUGAUUUAAUGUUUUCAUGUUAUUUUGAUAAUGAGAAAAAAAAAUUCAUAUUUUAUUUACAUGUGCUCUGGAGAAAAGAAUCUGUAAUGUGAGCAUACUCUGUUUGGUAAAAAUGCAUCAUACCACAAUGGUUAUAAACAGUGAUUUAUCAACGUUGAUGUUUUUUAAGAAAGUAAUUUAAUUUUAAUUAUAACUGAUGAGAAAUCAAAUUAAAUUUUUAUUUAUCAAUUCAACAAAAUGAUGUACUUUUAGACAAAAACAAAUGCAAUAUGUAGCACCAAGUAUUGACAAUUCUUGAUUCGAAAUAUGGUACUCAUCAACUCAUUUACUCUUGGUAGUUAUUAUGGCAUUAUGUAAUAGAGGACUUCACCGUUAUCGUACAAAGUUUAUCUCAUCUUCAUGUCAUCUUAUAUCCAUUCUAUUCAAUUUGAUAAAUAUCUGAAUGAUUAAAAAUAAAUUUAACCCAGGUACAGUACAUGGCAUAAUGUGUAGAUAUACCAGGAGUUACUGUCAAUAUUUGUGUAUGUUUCUAUGAGCUGGUGUUGUAAUUGGGCUGUGUGGUUUCAUAAGGAUAAAUUAGCGUACCAGGCGCUACUAUUAAUAUGUAACAAAAGGGUAUACGUGCUACCUCUAGUAGAGCAUAGCGAGUAUUGUAUAUGUACGUCUUAAUUGUUCGGUGGAAUAAAUAACUGCAAGUAUACUAAA